GAGGAGAGAACAUGCAGAUGGAGAAUGGGAUCUGUUCAGAUUUACAGAUGGAUCAUUCAGUGGGAAUGGGUGGGACAGCUCACACACUUGCUAGAGAUGAAUGAGUUCAUUCUGUUUGUUGAGGUUGUUAGUGUGAUAGUGGUUGCACAUUAUAGUGAUUUUCAUAUAACCCCUCUUAAAAAAUGCAACAAAAGUGCCGUUAAAAAAGUGCCCAAUCUGCCUUUUUUACCUUGGAUCCUCAUAACUACAUGACGCCAGAUUCUGCAACGCCAGAUUCUGCAACGCCAUUCAUGUAUGGUGGUGGUUUGCUCAAUUUUGUCCAUACCGUGGUGGGUGAUGCUGUCAUGGCAGCUAUUUGACAUUAUUGGAACACUCAACAGGUCAAUCUAUCUCUUUUUAUUUUUAUUAAUUAAUCUUAAAGAAAUGUAUAACAUAACAAAUAUUAUUAGCAUGCCAAUACCAUCCUUGAAGAUUUUGUGGCCGUCCAAUUUAAGCAUGGAAAGAGAUAACAUAGAAAAUGGGAUACAAAGACACAGGAGAGGGUGAACAUGAUUAAACAAUUUCUAACAGAACGAAAAUACUUCAGCAUGCUGUAUCUAGUUAUUAUAACAAGCCACAAAUGUUUGGAUUAGUUUAUUUUGGAGUCAACAAAGGUUUUUUAAUUAACGAUUAACUAGAGAGUUCUAGGAAAAAAUAAUUAUUUCCUCAGAAAGAAUAAUCAUUUCCAAGCAUGCUAUACCUAGUUAUUUUAACAAGCCACUAAUGUAUUUAAAUUAAGUGGACAGUUUUUUCUUAUUAUGAUUUUAUCUCUAUUUUUCCCACUUAUUUGUAUGGUUGCAUGUGGAUGAGAUUUUAUAUCCUUUUCGUUGCUUGGAUAAAGGAUAUAGAUUCCAGUGUGGUAUUUGAAUACUGAAUAUGAAGCUGUCUUAUAAAAUAAUUGAUGAUUAUGUUGAAUGUUGAACCAUUUUGGUACUAAUAAGCUAGUUGCCGUCAUUGAGAUUGUGAGUUUUCUAUAUACAUAACGUGUUCACUUAAGGGACACUUAGAUUGAAUAAUUAGUUUCUUAAUUUGAUUUAGGUACAAUAAGGGUAGGGUUUAUAACAGGAGUUAUGUUGGGUUAUCAACACCCCAUGCAGUUGUUUCUUCAUUUGGCUUAGAUACAAAAACUAUAAAAGGUUUAUAAAGGGAUCUAAGUUGGGUAAUCAAUCCCCCAUUUAAUUGUAAUUUAAUUGAGUGUACUCAUUAUAAUAUCAUUGUGUUCACUGAUGUAAAAGUGUAAAUAACGAACUUUCAGUUGCAGUUUAGUCUUUUUCAUUUAAUUAUGUAUGAGUUAAUUCCUAAAUUCACAUAACUAAUGUCAAGUUAGUCACUCUCAAGGACUUAAGUGAGAUAUAAGAAGGAUUAUUGUGAUACGAGUUUUAUUAAAUUAGGGGCUAACUUCACAUUUAAAUAAGACUAGAAGGUUAAUAAUUCCAGGACCAGUUGCUUUUGCUGAUAAGUGCCUGAUUGUUCCCUAGGAAUUGAUCUUUGGUAACGUUUUUUUUUUUUCUGUUCAAGUACUGAGUUUUUGUCCCUUGUAAAAAUGGGUUGUUUUGUUAUUUAAUUUGUUUGUCAAUAAUUCAAUGUAUGUUUGUUUUGGAUGACUAUUUAUUGUUCAGAUGUUAUGCUUUAAUUUAGGCAACAGCAAAGUGAUGAAACUCCUAUGGUAUGGGAGGUGCUGCUGUACAUGUACAUCCUCUACUCUCCAGAUUGGCAUUACCGCAGUACAAUGCCCAUCUUCCUCUUCGUGUAUGGUGCUGCUUUUGCCAUUGCCCAUUCAGUGUUUCAUUUUGGUAUUGGCUUCAAAGUGCAUUAUAUCAUUCUCAUUCUCCUCUGCGUUCCGAGAAUGUACAAGUAUUACAUUUACACUAAAGAUGUUUCUGCCAAGCGGCUUGCAAAGCUAUUUCUAGUUACUUUUUUAUUUGGCAGUUUGUUUGGGUUCUGUGACCGUAUUUUCUGCAAGGAGAUAUCCCGUUGGCCUAUUAACCCUCAGGGUCAUGCUUUGUGGCAUGUCUUCAUGGGUUUCAAUUCCUACUUUGCCAACACAUUCUUGAUGUUUUGCCGGGCUCAACAGCGGGGGUGGUCGCCAAAAGUUCUUCAUUUAAUGGGAGCAUUACCUUAUGUGAAGAUUGAGAAACCAAAAAGCCAGUGACAGAAAUUCGUGGGAAAAGAAGGAAGCCUCUUUCUGAUGAUACAUUUUAGCAAGA